GCAAGACAAAAAAAAAAAAAAAAAAAAAGUUUAAAAUGGGGGAAUUCCCAUCAGUUUAAUUAAUCACCUAUUAACUGAAACCACUCUGCAUUGCUAGAAGCAUUGAGGAAUGAAAGUAAAUAAACACACCUCUGCUCCCCUCCUGCAGGUGCUGCUUGUUCCUGGGGCAGGAGCCAGCAGCCAGCACCACUCCUUGUUGUUCCCACCUGUUCUUCUGACAGAGGGUCCUCCACCCACCCUGGGUCCUGGCAACAAAGAGGGGAAUUCCUGGGACACAAAAGGAAGCCAUCCUAGAAAGCUAAAUAUCCUGGAUAACAAGGGGGAAAUUUGCUGUAAGACAAUGCAGGAAUUUCUGUGUGAAGACUAGGGGCAAGUCCUUGAAAGCAAAGGGGAAAAUAUUCAGGGAAUUUCCAGAAAGCAAUGGGGGAAUUUCUUACAAGGCUAUAAGGGGGGGAUAGCCUAGAAAUAAAAGGAGGGAAAUUCCGUGAAAGCAAGGAGGAAAUUGCCUCAAAAACCUGGGAAAUUCCUGAAAAGCAGAAGUGACAUUGUUUAAGAAAGUAACAGUGAAAUUCCCCAGAAUGCAAAGGGGGAAUUGCCUGGAGAGGAUGAACGGUAUUUCUUGGGGAAUAAUUUCUUGCUUUCCAGUGUCAGGAAAUUCCACGAACACCAGAAGUUUAUACCCAGAAAUGAGACAGAGGAAUCCUUCAGCUUUAUUCAGAUAGAGGUACAGACUCCACCAGGACACACACCUGUAGGGUUUUCUCAAGCUUCACCAUUUUCAGUCCUUCAGAUGUGGCUGAGCCCACACGAUCUGGAAGUUUGGGUCUUUGCUCACCUUGCUGCACAGAUUCACUCUUGGGUCUCUCAUGAGGCUCUGCCACAUUCUCUCCACACUGUGUGGAGCUCAGCUCCUCCUUAGGGAAGGCCUCACUCUCCUUCACCUCCUGAGGCACUUCCAGGCAGACCCUUUGCUCCUGUGCAGUGCUUGGGGAUGCUUUUUGCCCCAUCCCCAUCCACCUCCCCUUCACACAUCUCUUCUGCUUCCAUCUCCUCAGCACAGGUUUCCCAUUUUUGACUUUUGGCAUGAGAUCCCCUUUAAGGAGCUCUGCUGCCUCUGGGGUUGGAAGAGCCUGGUCAGUGACAGUCAGGUCCUUCCCAGCUUUCCAAAGCUUGUAAAGCUCUGGCUGCUGCUGCUUCCUCCCAAACACAUCCAUGGAGAUCUUCACUGUGUCCUUCUGCCAUGAGAACAGACUGCUUCCCACACUCCAUCCACUGAAGAGGAGCAGAAUUGGUAGAUCCAGCACAGUUAAAGGCAUGGUUAAAGCAGCAUGAGAGAUACAAGGAAAGGUUAUCAUGGACUCUCCAGCCUCCUGUGUCACCUUAUCAAAUGGAAUUCAGUAUUUCUUCAGAACUAAUGGAGAGAUGAGAGUCAUCUUGUGACAGAGAAGUGCUUCACAGCUUUGGCCACUUCCUGGGAAAAAACCUUUUCAAGUCUUUCCAGCUGCUUCCCACACUGGAGGGACUUCCCUCUGGAGGGAUGGAAUACCAUGACUUGGGUUCCCCAAAAUGCAAGUAAUUCCACAUGACCUCAAAUAUCCCCUACUAGGGACUCAGUAACUUCAAGUAUCCCAAAAUUACUUCAAAUAGACCCCUCUCAGUGACUCCAUGACCUCAAGUACCCCAAAUGACUUUAUGUAACCCCUGUGACCUCAAGAACCCCUGAGGUUCUGCACCCUGAGCCCUCAGGGGGAGCAGCCUGCAGCACCCACAGCAGCACAUCAUAACCAGAGGCAGGGGCAGGGAUGUGAAGCAGACUCUCCCCCAGCUUCCUUCCUUCCCUGGUCCCUCCAUUCAUCUUCUCCAGGAGUUGGCUCCUCAGCAGCAGGAUCUGAGCAAGCCAGAGAACCAACCUGGGAAUGGAAGCCCUUCAGUUGUGCCACACAGUCAGUAGAGUCUUAAGCUUUAUUUUUCUAUUGGCCAGCAACUUAAACUGGGUUAAAAAACCCAAAAGCAAUGAAUAUUGUUACAUAGAGAAAAAUUAUAAAACAGCUCAGUGGACACAAGCCAACUUACUGUUCAUGUCUCAUUAUCCCUGUCCUCUCCCAGCCCUGUACAAUGUGUUUGAAGGGAAUGGGCAAAGGCAGCUGUGAAGAUCACACACAGUGGUAAUUCACAUACACCCAGAUUCACCAAUAGUGGUUGGAUAAAAUGCACCUGUUCAUCUUUCCUACCUAUCAAAAGAAAAUUUGAACAACUGUUCUCCCUUUGGCACAAAAUUCAAAUCAGACAGAGAAGUUCCCAUGUCCACUGGGAAACACUUCUCAGUUCAGCAAGGGCUCUGGGUGUGAGCACCUGGUACAAGAGCAGAUCCUGAACACCCCUAAUAAUCCAUUUCUAAUGUUCUUUGUUACAAAUGGCACUUUGAUUCCUUCACAAUCGCUGUCCUGGUGGCCACCCCUUCCCUUUGGUCCUGGGGCUCCCUACACUUUUUCCCAAUGGGGGUGGUAAAAGCUGUGUCAUUAUCAUUGCCUGUACCUCCACCUUUUCUUCAUCCCUUUUUUCAUAUCUUUUAAUAUACCUGACAUGCCUUUCUAAAUAAUUCCUGGAAGGGCCCACUCAGCCUCCUCUCCAGCCCCUGUUUCUGCUGCCUUUGGGCUCUUACCCCCCACAGCUGCCAAAUCCUUUGCAAAAUCACUCUCCUCCCAGUGACUCAAACAAAAUCCCUUCUUGUAUCAUUCCAGGCUUUGGUGACCCUGUCUCUUACACUGCAUACCAGUCAGUCCCUGUACCUUUCACUGCACCAAAGCUGCAUCCGUAUCCUUAACUACCUCUAGGAGAAUGUGCAAACCGUCUCAGCUUCUCCCAGAGGACCCUCUGGAGGUAUUUUGGGAUCCCUGUAGUCGAAGCCCUUUUUGACUUUCCUUUGUUGCCCGCCCUGAGCAUCCUGCCAUGUUUUAUCUCCCAAAGUUGUACUCACCGGUGAGAUUUGCCGAGAUCCUCCUCAGCUUUCCCUCACUGCCCCUUCUGGGCAUCCAUGUCCACUGGUCCUUCCCUGUGGAGCCUUCACGGCCGCCCCUGUUCCCCUCUCCUGUCCCUGGACAGUCUCGGGUGCCCCAUCAAUCUCCUGUGCUGGCCAGCGCCGAGGGGAGCUGCUCCCCAAAACCGGGGCAGGCGCCUCCAGCUCCUCCUGCCCGACCCAGACGCGGGAAGGAGCCUGGACGAGUCACCAAUUGUUGGGAAAAUUCCACAAACACCAGAAGUUUAUGCCCAAAAAGGAGACAGAGGAAUUCUUCAGCUUUAUUUGAAUAGAGGUACAGACUCCACCAGGACACACACCUGUGGGGUUUUCUCCCUCCAGGUUUCAGAGGGCGCAGCCUCCUUUUAUCCUGAACUCCCAGCCACAUGUUGCCCUCUUCCUUUUCCCAGUGCUGAGGCACUGGGAAGGCACAGCCCUCCCCAACCUGCUACCACAAAUUCCCCCCUUGAACCUGCUGUGUUACCCCAAAGCUCAGAACCUCAGGCUAUGCAGUCCCUUGUCUGUGUCAGGAGCCAGGCUCUGCAACAAACCUGCUGCCCAAAGCCAGCAGAGUCACUGGGACCCAUUUCAAACACAUCAACACCCACACGUUCACCCAGCAAAUUGUUUGUAAAGACAUCAGCUUUCCUCUCACCGGGGAGCUAAAGUCGUGGGAAAAUUUCCCAGGAAAGCAGUGGAGAUCCUCUAAGCAGAAGGAAAAAUCGUAGACAGCCAUGGAGGACUCUAAAAAGCAACAAAGACAUUUCCCAGGAAACGAGGAGGAAAUAGCCUGCAAAGUGACUGGGAAAUUUCCUAGAGAACAACGGGGGAAUUUUUAGGAAGGAAGUGGGAAAUUUCCUGGGAAACAAAAGGCAGCGUUCAAAAAACCCAUGUAGAGUGCCUAGCAGGCAGAAGGCGAGUUCCUGGAAAAGAAAAAUUUCCUCAAAAACAAGCGGCACAUUGUGAAAAAAGCUGCAGUCCCGUGUUUCAGCCCCAGUGACCCCUCCACCCUUGGCUGGUCCUCGGGUAAGGAAGUGGAGAUGCCUCUCAGGGAGCCGUGGUUGGUCUCUGCUCCGGGCAGAGCCGGGCGGGCGCUGGGGCCCCCCUGGAGCCGCCGCUGCCGGGGACCGGCGCUGGUUCCCCUCCGCCUCGGUGCCGAGCGCUGCCCGCCGCACUUUGGCCCUUGGUUUGUCAUUUCGCCAUGGCAGCACGGCUUAGCCCGCAAGCCAAGGCAGCCGGGAGCAGAAGGAUUAAAGCAAACAUCUGUACACAACGCGGGGGUUUCCAGCCCCGGGAAGCCCGGCCGCCCCCCUGCGCUCCGGGAGCCCCAGGCUCAGCUUCAGGUGCGGUGUAUUUAUUCGGGGCUUGAGCGGGGCCGGAGCAUCCCGCGGGCGCUCCGGGAGCGGCGGCGCCGCCCCGAGAGAGCUGGGCAGUUUCACUUUCGGAAGGCACACGUGAUUUCCAGGAAAACGGGAGGGCGGAUAAAGAAUCGGGCAGGAGGCGGCCGCCCCCCGCGCCGAGGUCACCGCCCGGCUCGGCACGGACCGGACCGGACCGGCUCGGCUCGGCUCUGCGCACCCGGCACCAUGGCAGCGCCGGAGAAGGAGGGGGAAGCCCAGAAGCUGCGGUUCGGACCGUGGCUGCUGAACGCCAUCGACAGCGGGAGCUACCGCGGGCUGCGCUGGCUCGACUCUGCCCGCACCCUCUUCCGCGUCCCCUGGAAGCACAACGCCAGGAAGGACAUCACCAUCAGUGACCUGGAGGUCUUCAAGGCUUGGGCGAAGGUCAGUGGGCGCUAUGAGGAAGGCUCCGAGGACCCGGCCAAGUGGAAGACCAACUUCCGCUGUGCCCUGAGCAGCACCCACAUGUUCAGGCUGGAACAUGACCAUUCCAAGCGUGGUGAUGACCCCCACAAGGUCUUCUCCGUUGUCUCAGGUACUCUCCUUUCAGCCACCCUCCAGGACAGCAAGGAGGGAGAUUCCAGCAUCCUGAACCCUGUGGUGGCCCAGCAGGAGGGAGAUUCCAGCAUCCCGAACCCUGUGGUGGCCCAGCAGUUGGCACAAGAGCAGCUGCAGCUGGAGCUCCAUCCCCAACACAUGGCAUCGGCAAUCACUGUCCCAGAAAGCACGGACCCCACGCAGCUCUCGAUCCUGGAGGAGCUGCUGCAGCAGUGUGACAUCUCUCCCCGCGACUUUGGCUCGCAGGCUGCGUCCUGGGUGCCUGCAGGUGGGUACCCUGCAGGGGACACUCCCCACCAGGACACCCUGCUCCAGCCUCACCAGGACGCCCUGCUCCAGCCUUACCCAGACACCAGCCAAAACAGCUGCUUCCCUGCCACGACAUUUCCACAGUGGGUGGCCACGGUGGAGCAGCCCACCUUCCAGCCAGUGGGCCUCAUGCCACCAGAGCAGACAGGGGCAGUGCCAUGGCCGUGUCACCUGGCAGAGGGCUCGGUGCCCGUGCAGUACGCGGCCGAGGCCACGCUGUUCGUGCCUGCCACCAGCUCUGUGCCACAGCCACGGCUGCUGCGGGCUGACUCAGAUGGCAUCCUGGAUGUCACCAUCUACUACCGGGGGAAGGAGUUCCACCGGGAGGUGGUCGGGGGCAGCCACUGCCUGCUGACCUACCAGCCCCCCGGCCUGGCGGAGGCGCCGUGCCCCUGGCACGUGGUGCACUUCCCCAGCCCCGCCAGCGUGGCCGACGGCAAGCAGCGCCGCAUCACCGAGGAGCUGCUGGGCGUGGCGGGGCUGCAGCUGGAGAUCCGCGCCUCCAAGGUCUUUGCCACCCGCCGGAAGAAGUGCAAGGUGUUCUGGGCCUUGUCCCAGCAGCUGGAAGGGGGCGAGGAGCCCCCGCCCAACCUGCUCUGCCGGGACCAGGAAACGCCCAUCUUUGACUUCAAGGAGUUUUGCACGGAGCUGAGGGACUUCCACAACGGCCAGAGGCGGCGAUCCCCUGAUUUCACCAUCUACCUCUGCUUUGGGCAGGCCUUCUCCAAGGCCAAGCCUAAGGAAUCCAAGCUCAUCCUGGUCAAGCUGGUGCCCAAGGCCUGUGAGUUAUACUACGAGCAGUGUCUGCAGGCAGGAGCCUCCUCCUUGGACAGCCACACCAUCAGCCUGCAGCUCUCCAACUCCUUAGACCUCAUGGAGCUCAUUGAGCAGUACAACAUGCAGCUGGGCUGAGCCCACCUGCCCCGCUCCCCACAGCCCUGGCCAGGCAGCAGGACCCAGCAGGACCACUGCAUCCCAGCCUCUGCAAACCAGCACCCCCCAGCCCAAGGACAGCUUCACCAAGGACCAGUUCUGGAGCUCACACAUUGCUUUUCCCCUCUGUCAGCUUCUAGUGUGUGUUUUUGUGGAAUGUGGUAAUCUACUGAUUUCUUUUUUGAAUUUUUACAAGUUGAAAUAUAUAUGUAUAGAAAUGUA